CGCGGCGGCGCUCCAGGGCUUUUGCCCGGCCGUUUAGGGGGUGGUUUAAGGGUUACUGGCCCGCGCCUGUAGGCGCCGUUACCGGGAGCGGUCGCGCUUCUUGCGGCGCGCAACCCCUUCUCCCUGCAGCCUCCCGCUUAGCGCUGCGGCGCUCCAGGGCUUUUGCCCGGCCGUUUAGGGGGUGGUUUAAGGGUUACUGGCCCGCGCCUGUAGGCGCCGUUACCGGGAGCGGUCGCGCUUCUUGCGGCGCGCAACCCCUUCUCCCUGCAGCCUCCCGCUUAGCGCUGCGGCGCUCCAGGGCUUUUGCCCGGCCGUUUUAGUGGGUGGGUUAAGGGUUGCUGGCCCGCGCAGGUAGGCGCCGUUACCGGGAGCGGUCGCGCUUCUUGCGGCGCGCAUCCCCUUCUCCCGGCGGCCGUGUCAGCCGCGCCAUUCGGGGCUUUGGCGCCUUGACGCGCCGCCCUCACCCGGCGCUGCGGCGGCGCGGUUAGGUGCUUGGCGCCUUCAUAGCCCCCCCCCCCAUCGCCUGGUGCCCUCCUGGCAGCGCAGUGCUUUCACCCGUUCCUUGAUACAAUAAAUACAGUGCGAAGGGUUGCAUUUGCACGCGUUGACUUUAACCCCGUCGGCACCCCCCCAGGAGGUAGGAGCCAGCCAUUAGCAGCCAUUUUGUGACACCAGGGAGGGCGGCCAUUUUGUGGGGUGCUUUUGCCAAGGAUCCCCAGGGCCAUAAGGCCCUGUAUUUUAUUCACUAGACCCUAGAGCCCACCUUUUCGUUCCGGGGCUAAUUGGGGGAAGCAGACUCUGCCAGGGGUUGGCCCUAUAUAUUUUAUUAACUGUCAGGUAAUUUAGGGGCUAUGGGCCCAAAGAAGGGAACAGGUGUGCCCAAGGGCAAACAGCCUGCCCCGCGCACUGCUUCCCGUCCUCCUAAGAGACCGGCGGUUGCUUUGUCUUCCGAUGAGGAAGACGAGGGUUCAACACACCAGAGCAUCAUGGCACGGAUUGCAGCUCUGGAACAAGCCAGGGCCCCACAAGCCGGGAUUCCGGGGAAGUCGGGCAAGGGGCCUGUGAGGACGGCCACUAGAUCCGUUUCCUUUGCUGAUAUCAUGUCUCGUUUGUCUGCCCUGGAGGGAACUUCUGGAGACGGUGGGGCAGCUCCCUCGGCUUCUGCUGGUAGCCAGACCGCUGAGGAAGGAAUGGUUGAGGCAGCAGCGACUGAGAUCCAGGCGAGCUGGCCGGAAGAGGCGGGGCAGUUAGCGCUGGUGGUGCAGCCCCCGGAAGCAGAGGGCGCUGUGGGUCGUCAGGAGAGGGUACGGAUCCUCAUCUGUGGCCACAGCAUGGCCUUCUGGGCUGCGCACCAAGCGAGAAGGUCCUGGAUCGGGUCCCAGCUUGGACUCAGCCGGUGGGCUACCAUCGAGUGGCAAGGCAGAAGAGGCCUACGUUGGGCGGGGCUGCUGCCACUCCUCUUUGAGGGGAGGUCCGCCCCUCCUCCUCACAUUUUGGUGGUGCAUUUAGGGGGCAAUGACCUGGGGCUAAUGAAAGGGGUAGCCCUAUCCUGGCAGGCGCGGGACGACUUCCUGGAGAUCAGGAGGAGAUGGCCUGGAGUUCUGAUAUUUUGGUCAGCCAUGCUUCCGCGCCGGGUAUGGCGGGAGGCAUUGGACCACAGAGCUAUCGAAAGGGCUAGGCGGAUGACCAACAGAGCCCUUUUUAAAAUAAUGACGGGUGGGUUGGGGAUUUAUUUGCCCCAUCCGCAGAUUCGGGCCGAGUCUGUUGCCCUCUACAGAGGGGAUGGGGUGCACCUCUCUUACAGGGGCAACAGCAUUUUUCUCGAUGACAUACGGCAAGGGCUCAGGUUGGCUUUAAGCCAUGUGUGGGGCGCUGAGGCCUAAGCAGAGGCUUGGCCUCUGCGGUGGCAGGAGUUAGUUAGGGUUUUAUAUGUGGCGGGCCGGUGAGCACCCUUGGCACCUCCCCAUUGGUGGGGAACAGGGGUCUUUCAGGAGCAGCAGGCUGCCGUUCGGCCCAGCUGCGAGGUCAGACGCCCUUGGGUGCGGAACCCCUGGACAAGCCAGUCUCCCCCCGCUGCCGUUCGGCCGGGUGGGGGAGCUCUCCAGGGGCGAUACACUCCGCCUGGCCAGGACGGGUCGCAGCCAUUCAUGGAUGGAUCGCACCCGGGGGCAGCGGGUGCUCGCCCAGACAGGUCAGGGCGGGGUCCCAGUGAAUGACCCCAGAGCCUGACCUGUACCGCUAGUUAGGCUCCUUGCCGUAAUGGUUGCUUUGCUGUUUCCUUUAAUAAAGCGGCCCAUUUUACCCAAACCUUGUGUCUGGCUCUCAUUCCCACUAGGGGGGCAAUACUGACAUUCCAGCCGGGGGCGUAAGCCCCCUCGGGCUGGUGGCAGCUUUUGCCUCCCUGGCUGGAUGGAGGCCAGACUUGAGCAGCCCUGCUUCCUGGGCUUAGCUGCAGGGAGGGCGGAGCUUCGGUGCAACAGCCUGCCGCUCCGCCCUCUCUCAGUGCAGUCUCGCCUCGUGCUCGGCCCACCCUCCUCACCCUACUUCAGUGCGGGAUUAGCCGGUCGCUGUUUCCUUGGGCCAGGUAGGAAUUUUUUGUCUCCCUGCCCUGAUUGGCAUUGGGUUGGGAGUUUUUUCGCCUACCUCGCACUGGGUAAGAGGUGUUGUGUGGUAAUGUAGGGGUGGACCUUAUUUACUGCCAUGGGUGCAGGAGUUAGUUAGGGUUUUAUAUGUGGCGGGCCGGUGAGCACCCUUGGCACCUCCCCAUUGGUGGGGAACAGGGGUCUUUCAGGAGCAGCAGGCUGCCGUUCGGCCCAGCUGCGAGGUCAGACGCCCUUGGGUGCGGAACCCCUGGACAAGCCAGUCUCCCCCCGCUGCCGUUCGGCCGGGUGGGGGAGCUCUCCAGGGGCGAUACACUCCGCCUGGCCAGGACGGGUCGCAGCCAUUCAUGGAUGGAUCGCACCCGGGGGCAGCGGGUGCUCGCCCAGACAGGUCAGGGCGGGGUCCCAGUGAAUGACCCCAGAGCCUGACCUGUACCGCUAGUUAGGCUCCUUGCCGUAAUGGUUGCUUUGCUGUUUCCUUUAAUAAAGCGGCCCAUUUUACCCAAACCUUGUGUCUGGCUCUCAU